AAAGGCGACCCAAAGAAGAACCAUUGGAUAAUAAUUUAGCAGUCACACCUUUGAAACUAUAGGUCUUGCCUUUACUGUGAAAAACCUAGAGAGAAAAACUAAAGGUUCCUGUUGAAGACAACCUCCACCACUGCAGAGCAGAGCUUCAUUCCUUUCGUUUUCACUUGACCAGCAACAUUUCCUGGAAAAGAUGGCCCCUAGUAUGGCGAUUCAGAAUAUGUCCUUUAGACUUGGACAAUCCAUGGCCAUUGUUGGAACUAUUAAACCUGAUGCUGCCAAUUUCUCUGUGAAUAUUGGUAACAAUGAUCAGAACAUUGCCUUGCACCUGAAUCCCCGUUUUGAUGCCUUUGGAGAAAGAGACACGAUCGUCUGUAACUCUCAGCAACAAGGCAUGUGGCAGCAGGAGGUUCGGCCUGGGGGCUUUUGUUUCUUCAGAGGAGAGAACUUCAAGAUCAUCAUUAAAUUGACCUCUACAGGAUUUGUGGUGACCUUACCGAAUGGCUCUAAGAUCUGUUUCCCCAACCGCUUCAAUUCAGAUAAAUACUCCUUCUUUCGCUUUGAUGGUGAUGUUCGCAUCAAAAGCUUUGAGAUUUACUGAGCUUCAUCACAAAUCUGCAUCCAGCAUUGCUGCUUUUACACAAAAUGAAAAAUAAAAACCUGUGUUUUCCCUUUGAUC